AUGGUAGGAGUUGCCCCAGAAUCAGAUGAUGGAAGUAGGAGACGUUUACCACAGUGGAUGCUGGGCAUAUCUUCUGCUGGCCAGGUAAGGAAGCCUAGUAAUGGUAAAGAGGAAGGACCUGCCUCUUAUGAAACUGAAACUUUGGGAGAAAACUCACAUGUUCUUGUAAAAUGUGAGACAAAGAGAAGAAAAAGAAAAUCAACUGAACAAGAUGCAGACUAUGAAGCUAAUGUUCCAGAAAACAAGUGUAGUGGACUUGGGAGAAGAAAAGCUCAGGAGUCUGGUGCUCCAGAGAGACAAAAAGCAAAGGAAACACUGGGGGAGAACUCACAUGUUCUUGUAAAAUGUGAGACAAAAAGAAGAAAAAGAAACUCAAAUGAACAGGAUGCAGAAUGUGAUGGAACUUUUCCUGAGAAGAAUUGUAAUGGACAUGGGAGAAGAAAAGUUCAGGAAUCUGAUGCUCCAAAGAAGAAAAAAGCAAAGGGUUCCAGCUGUGGAAGUGAUGAAGAACUAGAAGUCCGGACUUCGACUGAUGAUGAUGUUGAACUGACAGUGGAGGAUUUAGUGAUCAUUGCUGAAGAGUAUAUUAGAGCUGAUAGGAAUAUAAAUCAAGAAGCAGCAGCAUCGAACCAAGAAUGUGAAUCAGACAGCAGAUUUCCAGAAAUAGUCUCUUCCGGUAAUGAGUUAGAAGAUUCUGCUAAUGCCCAAAUUUGUAAUCGAAGAUCACUCAUCGCAGAUACAACUACUUUCAAGCCGAACAGGAGUUUGGCAAGUAAAGGAAUUGGCUUAAAUUCAGGUGGAACAGGGGAUCCUGCUCAGGACAUGCUGGAUCUGUUUUUAGGCCCCUUGAUGAAGAAAACCAUCGAGAAGGAGAGUGAGAGUCGAUUGUUGACAGAGGAUGUGACAUCUGCCCAUGAAAUCAUUAGAGAAAGUCAUAGUAAUGUUGUUAGAGAAGGAAUUGCCCCCAUAAUGAAGAAGAAGAGCAGUCUCAAAGACAAGGUGGCAAUGUUUCUUGACUGA